UAUAAUUCUAAACAAAAUUUAAAUGCCUUUACUAGUGCCGAACAAAUUCAACGUUAUGACUUUGGAGUAGCCGCCCGCAUGGAAGAAAAUACUGCCGCUAUUGCUAGCCUUAUCAGCAAGGCUAUCAUUAACUUAGGCCAAGGCAUUACCAGCAAAUUAAGUGAAAUCCGUGGGGAAAUGGUCGCUAAUUUCCAAGAAAUUGCUAACUUACGGCAAGAAAUAGAUAACUUUAGGAAUAAUUUACAGGCCCUAGACAAAGAUAUUGAGAACUUUCGUUAUGAGUUUACUCGUUUACAAGAUAAUGUCAAGAAUUCCUUACAAUUGACCAGUCAACAAAUAACCAGUCAAUUCAGUUCGCAAAUAAGUAAUUUACAAAGCCAGAUUAGUCAGUUGGCCAGUCGACCGGCGGCUUCUGGUUCUAGUUCUGGUAGUGGGGGUGUAGAU